AUGUUGGAGGCCACAGAUGCGUGUUGCAUCGGCUUGUCUGAACGGCAAUUGGGAUUUACUGAAUAUUUUGAGCAAUUGUAUCAGUUAGACUGCCCAGCAGUUAGUCUAGAUGCAAGGGAUGCCACAAUCCCUGUGCCUGACCCACCCAUCAGUGAAGAUCUCCAUACCUUGAAUGUGGUUAGAGAGGCAAUCUCUAAGCUGAAUGAUGAGAAAGCUGCAGGUGUAUGCGAUAUCCCUGCUGAGCUGCCAAAGGCUGGGGGUGAGCCUAUAGCACGGGGCUUUAUACCACGUAAGAUUUUCGCCCAAAUUGUACUGAAACGGAUCCGCAACCACCUGCUAAGGCUCAAAAGACCUGAGCAAUUUGGGUUCACUCCUGGCAAGUCUACAAUAGACCAUAUCCUAACACUUAGAGUCAUUGUAGAACAUUGUCAUCACUUCAGUCAUGGGCUGCUCACAGCCUACAUCAACCUCAAGAAGGCAUUUUAUUCAGGGCAUCACAAAUUGUUAUGGAGAUCCCGACACUUCGGGGAAUUCUGA